CAUAAAAAUCCGCUAUAAAUAGAAGGAGUGAUCCGUUAACCAACACAAUAACUAAACAAAAAUUGUUCUAUUUAAUGUACCCAAAAGCGACCAGAGAAUGAAAAACUUAACUUUAAAUUAACAGGAAUGAUACUCGGAUUUUUAUGUAAACAUGUCUACUGAAAGAGCUCUCGGGUCAGGAAGUAAGUAUCCGCCCAAGGUACCUGGUGUUUUACGUUUGUAUGGCAUGAGAUUCUGCCCCUAUGUGAAGAGAACGCGACUUGUCCUGGAACAUAAAAAUAUUCCGUACGAAACUGUCAACAUUAAUCUCAUUGAUAAACCGGACUGGUACCUGCAAAAGAUCAAUUGUCUAGGACUGGUUCCAUCCAUAGAGACUGAUGAUGACGUCAUAUUUGACUCGGUUAUUGUUAAUGAGUACAUUGACUCCGUAUAUCCUGGUGAAAAACUGAUUCCCAAUGAUGGACGUCGAGCGGCAAAAGACAAAAUGCUUCUUGAAAUAUGGUCCAAGGUUGUGACACAGUAUUAUAAAUUGUUUUAUCCAAGUGGUGAAACAAAUGAAGUUGUUCCCAAUAUGUUAUCGGCAUUAGAUCGUAUCGAAAAUGAACUAGCAAGGAGAGAUACUAAAUUCUUUGGAGGAGACAAACCUAUGAUGAUUGACUUCAAUAUGUGGCCACACAUGGAACGCAUAGUUCAUUUUGACGUGCUGGUUCCAGGUUUCACCCUGGACGCUUCAAGAUUUAAACGUUUGACGUCAUGGAUUGAUGAAAUGAACCGAGUACCAGCUGUUAAGAAAACAAAAUUGAAUUUAGACAGUUUUAAGAUGUUCAUGGUAACAAUUAAAAAUGGGAAAAUGGAUUGUGACGCGGGUCUUGAAGAAUAGACUAUUAUAAUCAAAACGUCACAUAAUACAUAUUCGUGAAUUUUCGUUUUAAAGACUGGAGUAUAGACUGUAAAUGUUUAAAAUCGUAAGCUUUGGCUUAUAGGCUUGUAGCCAAAGGUAUUCUGAGAAUAAAAAUGAUUGUAAGUUUAUGUGACAAAUAUGGAGAGAAAAGAAAUGCUGAUUUUCAUAUGUAAAAAUAUUUCUUUCAUAGAGGUAUUUUUAAAUUAUUUUUUUACAAAAUUCAAACACUCAAAAAUGUGUUAACGAUAAUAUAGGCAGCAUAUAUAUAGCUUUAAACAUAUUACAUUUUCAUUUAAACUUAUUUUAAAUUCAUACAGCACUCAAUACUACAGAUAUUAUAUGCAAAUUUGGUAUUUUUCUUAAAUUU